AUGCCCAAGCGUAGGGCUGUCAAAGGUGAUGACGUCCCACCUAAACGAACAAAAUGCUACAGUAUGAACAAUGAGCGCCACAAAGAAGUUUCAGCUCUAAUCGACUCAACAUUCCUUCUAAAGUGUCCUCCAGAAUUCUAUGAAUUUUACGCUUUUUGCUGUUCUAUCUUCCCCGAUUCUCCUCUUGACGCACUUUAUAGAGAUAUUGGAAUUAGGCUUGUGGGACCCUUUGAGGUUUUACAUGAGCCCAUGAAAUUCAAACUCGAUGACGAUUUUACGGAUUGUUACCGAUACUUUCAUGAUCCUCCUGAAAUGGUCACUAUAUUAGCUCAGGAUGGUGAAAAUCCUUUUCACGUCGGGUACUUUAGAGGUGAUUACGCUGAUCAGCCUAGUUUUCUAGUUUCGUCUAACCCAUCCGAAACAGGGAAGCUUACGAUCUCGGGUAGAAAUAUAUUUGCUACUGUCCUGAAAUUAUUGGUGGAAUCAAAAACGAGGAGUGGAUCCACACUGCCUAGUUUGUCGAAGUUGAGAGAAUUUGCUAAGGGCAGGCAGAUUUGCGUUGACUCGAGAGCUUCGGUUGACUGGAAGCCCACAUGUGAGACUUUGAAUGGAGUUGGAUUUAAGAUUGAUUUGCAGAAUGGUGUUGGCUACCGACCUGUUCCUACCACACAUAGUAAGUUCUCGACAAUUGUUGCUAGGACAUUGUCAUUGUUUGGGAUGAUUGUGAUAGCGUUUGGUGGUUAUGGUUGCACUUUGCCUUAG